AUGGCAGACACGGGUCGGUCGAGGGGUCGGGCGCGGGGAAGGGCUGCCGUCGGUGUGGGUCACGAACCGCCGCCACUGCCGACCACCAGACCAUUGGACGUGAGUUCACUGCAACAGACACUGCCGUCACCCGUGGGAAGCGCUGGCGGUGAUAACGGGGGCAAUGGUGGUAGCAAUGGGGCCGCUGUGCGGAGUAGAGCGGGGUAUCGGUCGGUGGCGGUGACCCGACCCCCUCAGGUGCGCUCAACGGUGGGCGCCGGCGGCAAAGCCGUGACAGUUGUGGCCAAUUAUUUUCGCCUCAAAACGCCGUCCAAUGCCGUCGUCUAUGACUAUCGCGACCUGAAGCUCGGACUCCAGCUCCGGGCUCACCACGCGUUUCCGGACGAGAAGUUGCUGCGGCAGGCGGUCCGCAAGUUGCUAGCCGAGCAGAAGCUGCCCUACAGAUUGAACUUCAGUUGCCAUGCACUGGCGGCCGAAGAGACCGAGUUUUACGCGACGCGAACGACGGAUCAGUCGAGGGUUAAGAUACGGGUGCGACGGGUGGGAGAGUUGGGUUGGGGUCAUCAGGAGAUGUUCCGGUUGUACAACACGCAGAUGCGGAGGAAUAUGCAGCUCUUGAAGUGGAAUCUCAUUGGACGCCAUUAUUUCAAUCCGCAGAUCAGGCAUACGAUACCCGAACACAAGCUGGAAGUGCUUCAGGGGUUGUUGACCGCCAUUAACCGACACGACGGCGGCAUUCUUAUGGUGGCAGACACUGUCCAUAAGAUCAUACGCCAGGACUCGGUUCUCGACAACUUGAGGGACAUCUUCAACAGAGACCGCAACGGCUUCACCACAAACGCCAGGCGCGAGCUGUCCGGCGCUGUCGUGAUCACCAAAUACAACAACAAGACCUAUAGAGUGGACGACAUCUGCUUCGAUAAGAACCCGCGGACGACGUUCGACAAGAGGGGAACUCCGGUCUCUUUCAUGGCUUACUAUAAGCAACAGUACAAUAUAGACAUCACAGACGAGGAACAGCCGCUUCUCAUAGCGUUGCCUAGUCUUCGGGAUCAAAGGGCCGGACAGACGACGGCUAUAUUACUGGUGCCCGAGCUCUGCAAUAUGACGGGAAUCUCGGACUCCAUGGCCGACGACUUUAAUAUCCGCCGAGAGUUGACUCAACGGACACAACAGGACCCCAACCAAAGAGUGCAACACUUGAAUCAGUUCAUCGGUUCCAUUCAUAAUCACCCGCAGAUCAGACAAGAUAUGGCCAAAUGGGGUCUCGAGUUCGACACGACUCCCGUCGAAGUGCCGGCCCGUGUGCUCGACUGCGAGCGCGUCCUAAUGCACGGCCAGACCCCGCAAACGGGAACCGUUUGGGACCAAAAGGCUCGAGAUUUUAGCCGCGAGAUUCGCGGCAAACCUAUGUUCAGCGCCAUUAAUAUCGCCAAUUGGGCCGUAAUCUGCUCGCGAAGAGACAAUCAUAUAAUUAAGGACUUCUCGGAGAAGCUGAUGUAUGUGUGCCGCCCGUUGGGUGUGGGGCUCAGCCAACCGCAGGUCACUGUCAUCGACAACGAUAGGACGUCUGCCUUCGUGGAGGCCUCGAAUGCCAUACCUCCGAGUUGUCAGAUAAUUGUCGUAAUACUUCCCAAUAAUAACAAAGAGCGCUACGACGCCAUCAAAAAGAUCUUCUGCUGCGAACACCCGAUGGCCUCCCAGUUGAUAGUGAAGCGGACACUCAAUAACCCGCAGCGCCUGAUGUCUGUGUGCACUAAGAUUGGCAUUCAGAUGGCCUGUAAGCUCGGCGCCGAGCCCUGGGUGGUCGACAUUCCUCCGCCGAAUCUAAUGGUCGUCGGGUUCGACGUGAACCGGGACAGCGCCCAAAGGGAACGGGCUAUCGGGGCGUUCGUGUGCAGCACUAACGCCACUCUCACCAAAUGGUAUUCCUGUGUAUCGCCGCAUAAGAAUCGCGAAGAGUUGUCCAAUAAUUUCAAAAUGAAUUUUCAAUCUGGUCUGAAGCGCUACUACGAGGCCAACAAACGGCCGCCGCAGACAGUUGGGGCGGGCGCUCCCAAUCAGUACCAGAACCCGAUCCCCGGGACGGUUGUGGACGCAGUGGUGACGCGAGAUGAGCGCUACGACUUCUAUCUGGUGAGCCAAUCGGUCAGACAGGGAACCGUUACGCCCACGAUGUACAACAUCAUCAAAGACGGCACCAAUUGGGCGCCCCAUCGGCACCAACAGCUCGCAUACAAAUUGACUCAUUUGUACUACAAUUGGAUCGGUACGAUCCGAGUGCCGGCCCCCUGUCAGUACGCCCACAAACUGGCAUUCCUGACGGGCACUGCCCUUCAUCGCCCGAGUUUGGCCUCAAAGUCAGACAAUGCGUCCACAUUUGGCUCAAAGUCUAAGUCGAUGUCAACGCCACAGUUGGUCUCCAGACUUUGCCUGGCGUGCGUGUACUGUAACGCGAUGCCAGUGUCACCGGUAUGUCGGAGCGCUUUUAUCGACUACGUGUACGGCUAUGAACUCAAACAAAUCGAGGACGCCAUCAAAGCCAUCUUCAAUGAGGUGCCAAUCAAACUGUGUUUCGUAAUCGUCACCAAACGGAUCAACACACGACUGUUCCAACAGGCGGGCGCUCCCAAUCAGUACCAGAACCCGAUCCCCGGGACGGUUGUGGACGCGGUGGUGACGCGGGACGAGCGCUACGACUUCUAUCUGGUGAGCCAAUCGGUCAGACAGGGAACCGUUACGCCCACGAUGUACAACAUCAUCAAAGACGACACCAAUUGGGCGCCCCAUCGGCACCAACAGCUCGCUUACAAAUUGACUCAUUUGUACUACAAUUGGAUCGGUACGAUCCGAGUGCCGGCCCCCUGUCAGUACGCCCACAAACUGGCGUUCCUGACGGGCACUGCCCUUCACCGCCCGUUCCAUAGCCGGCUGAGUGACACACUCUUCUAUUUAUGAGACCAAUGCCGCCGAUAAUAAUCAAUGAGUUGGACUAAAUGACAUUUUUUAUCGCUUUUCACUCGUUUUAAUCAAAUGACUUCAAACCGGUUUAUAUAAACAUAUCCGACAAGCCAUACAAAUCCGGU